UAUGGAUCAAAAUCAUCUAAAAUUAAAUUUUAGUCAAUUCAUCGUUGAGAAACAAAACUCAUAUACGGAUGACUAUAAACUAGGAGUAAACAUUCCAUUUAUUGUUUAGGGAGUAUUGGGUGUUGGUGCAUUUUCAUAGGUCCGAAAAGUCACACAUAGAAAAACAAGAGCCAUACGAGCUAUGAAAGUUCCAAAAGUGUUUAUCAUUUAUAAUAGGUCAUAAGUAAAUCCAGACUGUCUACUGCUGAAUUGCAAUAAAAGUUUAUCAAUGAAAUCAACGUGUACAAAUAAUUGGAUCAUCCUCACAUACUUAAAUUAUAUGAGUUUUAUCAAGAUGAAAAAAAUUACUACAUCAUUAUCGAAUUGUGCACAGGGUACUCAUUUUAAUCGAAUUUAGUGGAGAAUUGUUUGAUAAAAUAAUUGAAAAAGGCAGUUUUUCAGAAAAAGAAGCAUCCUAUGUAAUGAAGCAGAUCAUGUCUGCAGUCUUGUAUGCUCACAAUCAAAACAUUGUUCAUAGAGAUUUAAAACCAGAAAAUAUUCUACUUGAUAUAACCAGCCAAGGCAAUUAUAAUGUGAAGGUGGUGGAUUGGGGAACAGCAAAAAUAUUUUCACCUAAUCAAUAAAUAAAUGAAAAAUUUGGAACUUUGUAUUAUAUGGCACCAGAAGUAUUGAAACGCAAUUACAAUGAAAAAUGCGAUAUUUGGUCUUGCGGUGUUAUUUUAUAUAUUUUAUUAUCUGGUAUGCCUCCAUUUGGUGGAAAAUCUGAUGCUGAUAUACAAAAGAAUAUUUUGUAUGGCAAAUAUUUAUUAGAAGUAUCAUGAAUCUGAUAUUUUUAAGGGUGAAGUUUGGAAUUCUGCAAGUGCUCAUGCUAAGGAUCUAGUUACAAAAAUGCUUUAAUAUGAUGUAUAAAAGAGAUUAAGUGCUAAAUAAGUGUUGGAACACCCAUGGUUUUUGUAAUAACAUUAAGAAAAAGUCGAUAAAUAGGUAGUUUAAGGGAGACUCAAGAAUCUUAUGAAUUUCAGAGCUGAAUAAAAAUUAUAAUAAGCUACCUUGAUGUUCAUCGGAACCACCAUGAUUUCCAAAGAAGAGAAAAAUUAGUUAGUAAUUAUUUCAUUAUCGAUAAGAUGUAAGCUUUUAAAGAGAUGGAUUAGAAUGGAGACGGGAUCCUUACAAAAGAAGAGAUCCUCGAAACCUAUAAGAAGUACAUGGAUGAUGAAACUGCUUUACAGGAAGUUCAAAAGAUCAUGGACUUAGUGGACAUGGAUGGCUCAGGUACUAUAGACUAUACUGAAUUCAUUAUUGCUUCAAUGGAUCGAAAAAAAGCUGUGUAAAAAGAGAAAUUGAAAGAAGUAAAUAAUUAUCUUAGAUAAGGCAUUUCAAAUAUUUGACAAAGAUGGCAAUGGAUAUAUCUCGGAAGCUGAAAUCAAAGAAGUCUUGGGACCAUCUUUAACAGGAAUUGAUGAGAAAUAUUGGUUAGAUAUGAUCAGAGAAAUUGAUAAAAAUGGUGAUGGAUAAAUCAGUUAUGAUGAGUUCUGUGACAUGAUGAUGAAAAUCAUUUAAUGA